AUGAGUGACGCUUGGAUGAAGGCCUUCGCAGAGGAUGCCGAGUGCGAUGUCGGAGACCUGCCGCCAGAUAUGCAAAGCGACAUCAAGCGGAGGGCCGACGAACAGGCUACCGAACCCGCCGCCACGGGCUAUCCGCCGCCUCGGAAGGUUUCGGACCAGGCCUUCCGCGCCAGCGGCACGAUCGCCGUGGUGGUCCAGCGCUGCAACCGAGCAAAGCUCCAAACGAACGAGGAGACCGACACCUGGGCUGAGAUUGGCCCGGGCCUUUUUGUCGCCGUCUCCUUCAACAAGGGGGCGACCGAAGAUAAGAUCGCUCCUGCUGCGAGGUUUCUACUGACAGCGAAGCUCUCGCAAGCGAAGGGUUCGAAAGAGGCAGAGUCUGUGGCGGCGAUUUCACAGCGAGGUGACUACCAGGGCAUCCUCGUCCUGCCGCAGGCUUCACUCGUGUCCGACCUCAAGGACGCUGAUGUGAGGUAUUCGCAGCAGCUACAGAAGACCGGCGCCCAUCGAUUAUACGACGCGUUCGUGCAGGCACUGCACAGCACUGCCGCCGAGCUGGCGAGGGACGGCAAAGCAGCAGAGAUUGUUGCAGGCGACUUCGAUGCUCCGCAGGUUAUGGAAGUGGCCUCCAAUGGUCCAUUCAUGCAUUCCUUCACGGUGUGA